UGGUUACAUCAGCAGGGGCGGGGCCUACACCAAAGGCUCUCGCCGCCCCGUGUAAUGCCCGUCCAUUCAAAUCUCCUUCUUCAAGAUGGCGUCCAUGCGGGAGAGCGACACAGGCUUGUGGCUUCACAACAAGCUGGGCUCGGCCGAUGAGCUCUGGGCGCCUCCCAGCAUCGCCUCGCUGCUCACUAAGGACGUCGUGGACAACAUCCGAGUGUGUUUUCACGGCCUCUCGUCGGCGGUGAAGCUUAAACUGCUGCUGGGGAUCCUGCACCUUCCCAAGCGGACGGUGGACGAGAUGAAAAUGUCUUUGACUGAAAUUGUGCACCUUGCCGCAAUGGAUUCUGACUCGUGGGUUCAGAUGGUGGCCGACAUUCUAAAAACCUUUCCUGAUACCGGCUCCCUCAACCUUGAACUGGAGGAACACAAUCAGAAUCUACAAGAAAUUCUUGGUGAACUCAGAGAAAAAGUCAAUGAAUGUGAAGCCUCUGCUAUGUUGCCUUUGGAGUGCCAAUACUUGAAUAAAAAUGCCCUGACAACACUCGUGGGACCCCUCACGCCACCAGUGAAGCAUUUUCAACUUAAACGGAAACCCAAAAGUGCCACACUUCGAGCAGAACUGUUACAAAAAUCAACAGAAACUGCACAGCAGCUCAAAAAGACUUCUGGAGUGCCUUUUCUAGCCAAAGGAAGAGGUUUGGUUAAGAAACUCGAUACGACCACUCCCCUCAAAGGGAUCCCAAAGCAAGCUCCCUUCCGGAGUCCCACCACUCCCAGUGUCUUCAGUCCAUCAACAAACAGAACACCAAUGGCUGUUCGGACACCUGUGCGAAAAGAAAGAGGUGUAAAGUUGCUAGACAUAUCAGAGCUUGAUAUGGUAGGUGCUGGUCGAGAAGCUAAAAGGAGAAGGAAGACACUAGAUACAGAAGUUGCAGAAAAACCGGCCAAAGAAGAAAUGGUUGUUGACAGCGUCACACCUGAUUAUGCCGUGGGUCUGGUCUCUGCACAGAAACUUGGUGCUUUGAGCAAUGAUAAUCCACUACCAUCUACUAGUUACUUGCCAGCCACACCAAGUAUGGUGCCAUCAUCUUCCUACAUUUCAAGCUCUGAAACUCCGCAAGCUAACACAGUCGGAUCAGUCCGAGAGGCUCUCCAGGCAAAUAGACUAGCAGAAGAGUCAGCCGCUCCAACUGCUGGUCUCCCUGGCCAGUUCAAACAAAGAACCCCGAUUUACAACAGCAGCUCCACAACAUCGUCUACCUCAACCACCACUACUCCGAGCACCGUGCCUGUCACCGUGACAGCGCCAACGACACCUGCACAACAGCAGUCGCAGCCUCAGCAGCAGGCACAGCAGCAGCAGCAGGCACCGCCACUGCAACCACAGCAGCAGCCUCGCAAAAGCCUGUCGCUUACAAGAGACCAGAUGUAUGCAGCCCAAGAAAUGUUCAAGACUGCAAACAAAGUCACGCGCCCAGAAAAGGCCCUCAUACUUGGGUUUAUGGCGGGUUCAAGAGAAAACCCAUGUCCAGAGCAGGGCGAUAUCAUUCAAAUCAAACUGAGCGAACAUACAGAGGUUCUUCCGAAGGCGGAUGGUACAGGCAGCACCACGAUGCUGGUGGACACAGUCUUUGAAAUGAACUAUGCAACAGGCCAAUGGACCAGACUGAAGAAGUACAAGCCUAUCACAAAUGUGUCCUGAGGAUUCCACAGGACGAAGAACAUGUGGACCAAAUCCAAUGUUGUUAUCCUGAUUACCACUGACCCGAGCUUUGAUGAUUGUAUUUUCAGAAGGUUCCAAUACACCUGCUUGAGACCUGCACGAUCACAGUUUAUUGUGAUGCAGAAUUUGGGGCCACUCAAGAGUGGAAUGAGAGGAAUAGAGAAGUGAGUUCCUGCAAUUAGUGUUUUUAUUUCCUGUGGUAUAUAUGUCUUUUUUUAAAAACAAAAAUGAUGGUCCAAACUUUCAACAGCAGCGGCUCCAGCAUGAAAACUCCUUGAUUUAUGAAUAGCAUGUGGAACCCCGUGUCAUAACUGAACGGAGAACCAUGUGGCCCCAUCUUUGAGUUGUUAUGCCUUUUUGUCAUUAUCUGAAAUACCAUGGACAAUCAUCUAGCAGCCUUGAUUUGGUUCACUUUUAGUGGAGGGGUUUGAACUGGAGCGCAUUGGAAAGCCAGGCUUCCUGGUUGCCAUUGCAAACUCUCGUUGUCAGUUUUGUAAAUUAUUUUGUUGUAAAAGCAGCAUGAUUUAUCAAUUUUCUAUUUUUUGUACAGUUGUAAAGAUUCUAGGUUUCUUGCUCAUGUGCUGUCAUACAGUGUAAGAUGUAAAAUAAUUAGAUUUUUUUUAUGGAAACUAAGUGCAGUCAAAGGAAUGCACAGCCAUAAUAGUUGGUUCUCCUGUGUUUAGGCAGCUGGUUGAACUGUCAGUGCUUAAGGAACAACUGUGCUUUUACUGAACAUGCAGUAGUAAGCACAAUAAAAUUACAUUUAACUGGU